AGUCCUCUCCCAACAUACAUCAUAUAUGAUAUAAACCCCUCCAUUUUGUGGCUUCAGUUCCUUGCUCAUCUUUGUCUCAAAGAGUCAAGCCCCACUUUCUUUUGUCUUCUCCUCCUAACCUUUCUUUUUCCCUUCUUGACAAUUCAUGUUCCAAUUACCCAAUCUCGCAUGUUUGAUUGAUGGGAUCAUCACUUGCACUAAAACCACAUAUUUAUUAUUUUUCCCAACUGGUUUGUCAAAAUUGGAAUACUUGCAUGCAAUUUCAAGCAACCAUACAACUCCAUAGAAACUGAUUUUCGUGCUACAUCAAAAUUGUCAAAUUUAUUCUCAUGAUUCCACAAACUGCACCAUUUCUUGAACAAAGUAAGGUGUAAACUGAAGUAUGCCAGAAUCUUGAAUCCACAGGAGCUAACAUAUUUUCCCGCCAAAUUCUGUUUUCCUUAAAUCUUUGAUCCCAUUGGCGAUAGUUCAGCAUAUGGAGAGGUUUAGUCAAAGGGAAAAUGUUUUACUGGGAUAUAGUCGACAAGGAUCCUUUGAGACGUCAACGAAAACAUCGGAUGGAGACUCGGACAUGGAUUUCAGUGAUGUUUUUGGGGGCCCUCCAAGGCGAUUUUCCAUUCGAGAAACCAGAAAUAGAUAUAGUUUCUGUGAAGCAAGAGAGGAGUCUGAUGAAGAUGCAGUUUUGUCAAGAAGUCCAUGGCCUGUUUUAGACGAAAAACCAGUUUUUGGUGAAGAAGGUGUCAACAGAAAGUCAUAUCCAAGUGAUGAUUUUUAUGAUGAUAUUUUCAAAGGUGAUGAGGCUAAGUCUCGGAGGACUAGCAGGGACUUCUUUGCUUCUUCCCCCGGUUCCCGGAUUUCAAGCCCCUCUAGGCCAUUGCCACCCAAAGCUGAGCCUCUUAGCACGUCAUACCCUGCUCAAUUCAGCCUUCCAGCCAAAUUGACAAAAGCAACGGAUUUUCCUCUCUUUGGUACCACAAAUCGUAGUUCCUAUAAGAACAAAGAUGGACUGUCAAACGGCACAAGCUAUAAAAACAAAGAUGAACACACUUCUCUUUCUAGAUUUGCAAACCAAGCAACAGAGGUACAGGACGAGGCAAGAAAAGAUCGCCCAGUUUACCGUCAAAGCCCCCUAUCACAAGAAGCUUCUCAUACUGGUGAGAAUUGUCAUGAAACCAAAUCCAUUGAAAAAGACAUGGGAGCCAAGUUAAAAUAUAAAACACAAGGCAAGGAAGUUCCUCUUAAUAGUGGCCAGUUUCACUUCUCCAUAUACAAAUGGGCAGGCAGCGGAGUACCUCUAUUGAUACCGCUUGGGGGAAGGAGUAAAUCGAGAUAUAAAGAAAAUUUUAAGACUGAGAGAUGUUCCAGUUCUAAUGGAAGGAUUGAAAGUGAUAUUAUUGGUAGGCAUUUACCAACCGUGGAAGAGCACAUUAUAUCUAUAGAUACGAAAUCUUUGACCUUGAAAAUAGAUAAUGAAAAGCAUGAUGACAGUAGCAAUGACAAGAAGAUAGAUUCCUGCAGUCAAGUUGAAGAAACACAUCUGAAAGUUCCAGAACCAAAACUCUUCGAAAGUGAAGGAACUGUUGCUCAACUUGAUGACAAUAUCACAAGGAAGAAAACAGAAGAAGAAUCUCUUUCAAAGAAUGAAACUAACGUGUAUGCAAAAAUUGAAAAAGAAUUUUCUACCAAUAAAGGGCAAACUCCAAAGGCUCACACAAAAUCCCUGCAUGAACUGCUCAAGGAUGAGAACGGGGAACAAGGAAAUGAAAACAGCUUCUACAUCAAGACCACAAAUGUAGCCAGUAAUAAUGUCAAUGUCAGAACUAGUCCAAAGAAAACUGAUGCAAGAAGCACCAGUGGCAACAGAUCAGAGAUGACUAAUGCUAAGAAAGGUUCAGCCACAAAUUCAGGAGAUGCCAUUGGUGGAACUAGAGUUAAAGGAAAAGUGAAGGAGUUUGUAAAGAUCUUCAACCAGGAAACUACAGCACAAUCUAAUGCCAAGUUUGACAGCAAGGGCUCUAGGUGGCAGGGACUGGAAAUCAACAGGUCUGAAAAUGGGAUGAGCACUGCAGUCAAAACAGAUGAGAACGUGCAUAAGCUGGAUAACAUGGCAGACGCUUCCAGCAGGGUGGAUGCUAACUUCAACAAGAAUAAAGUGAAUCAAGAAUCACACUUCAAGAGCUCGGUUCACAAACCUAGUGAUCCAUCUACUAAUGAGAGCAAUUCUUCAAAUUUUUCUGAUUCACUUCCCAAGGAUUAUGACAACAAUGUUGAAAACAAAGAUGACUCCUUCUUCCUGGUUGAAGACCUAACUCAUGAUGAGGAGAAAGAUUUACAAACUAGUGGACUUUCUGCAGAAAUCCAAGCUUCAAAUGCUAAAAUUCAACAAUGGUCAAGUGGAAGGAAAGGAAAUAUCCGCUCACUGCUGUCAACAUUACAACUUAAAGAUUUUCCUUUUUCUCGUCUGGGUUUUAGGAAUAAUGAAAAUGAUUUCCAGAAUUUCAGCAAGGAAGAUAGAAAGGGCGGGAAUGAAACUGUGACUGAUACUGUAUUGGGUCUUUAG